AUGGAGGACAGCCGCCUCCCCAAGCGCAUGCUGUUAGGAGCGAUGGCGGGGGGCGUGGGAUACCGGGGCGGGCAGGAGAGCGACUGGGUGUCUCGUCUAGGAGAGGACCUCGUGGCCUUCAACAUGGGAGACGAAAAGGAAGGGGGGAAAUGGAAAGAGAGCGCCAAGUACUCGGAGGUGUGCUGCAACAAGGUCGAGGACGGGGCGGCAUGGUUCAUGAGGAAAUGACACAGGCAGGAGGCG